CAGCUCCUCAUGUCUCCGGCCAGAAAGCAGCUCAUGACUCAGUGCCUGCGGUGUUCAGCUGAAACGAUCCGACGCGGCCUUGGAAACAACUCAAUGAAUCAGCACUGUAUUUGUGGACCACCCUUGUCUUUUUCAAUACGUAACAGUCUCCUGCCAAGCCUGGAAGAAAAGUUAUUUUAAGACGAGUCGGUUCCUGCAUUGAUUUACCAACCGAGCGAUACGUUGUCAGCUAUCCUCCUCACGAGUAUUUUAUUCAAAGUAGCCCCGUGGACGUAUGAGAAGCACGUCCCACUCUUUUCCCAAAUCCCUGCGGCAAAUAGAAUACGAGAAGCGUUUGACACUGGAUUGACCAGCUAUUUUACAACAACUAGACUGUGACGUCUAGGUAUGCGGAGGGUCUCGUGGCCACCGAGACAGACACAAAGGGACUCUCGUCAAUUUCCCAAGAAUUUAAGGUGAUUGCCUUCUUCCGGCGUUGUUGUUUUUUUUUUUUUUUUUCGUGGGGAAACGGAGGAGCCCUGACAGCGUAUGUCACCGAGGGUUUACGCACAGCGUUUUCUUGGACGGACUAUUGAUAAGUUUAUAAUUGGAUUGGUGGUGAUUGGGCGAAUGGAACAAUUACCAAACUGGCCGACAAGGAGCUGACGUCUUUCUCCGAACUGGCUGGGAAUCGGACGAUGAAUGCAGGGAUUUAUUCGGUGUGAUUCGAGCUGCAGCAGCUGUCUGCAAGGCGCGUUUAUGUACAGCUUUUGCAGGGUCAAGAUGCAGGUUCGGACUGUGCUGGACGUCAAAGUGGUGGACGUGGAGAAAAGGCGCAGUCCAUCGAAACAUUACGUUUAUCUCAUCAAUGUCACCUACUCCGACAAUACCUCUCACAUCAUUUACAGAAGAUACAGCAAGUUCUUUGACCUUCAGAUGCAAAUACUUGACAAGUUUCCAAUUGAGGGCGGGCAAAAAGAUCCAAAGAAGAGGAUUAUCCCAUUUCUCCCAGGCAAAAUUCUCUUCCGAAGGAGUCAUGUGCGAGACGUGGCCAUGAAGCGACUGCGUUUCAUUGACGACUACUGCAGGGCACUUGUGCGACUCCCCCCUCACAUCUCCCAGAGUGAAGAGGUGCUACGCUUCUUUGAAACUAAAGCUGAAGAUCUCAACCCCCCUGUGGAGGACUACGGCUCCAAGCGCAAGUCGGUAUGGAUGUACGGCAUUACCGACAGCCCAAGGAAAGAGGCGUCAGGGAUUGACAGCUUGGAGCCUAUGGUACUGGAGCAGUAUGUGGCCGUGGCCAACUACGAGAGACAGGAGAACUCUGAGAUCAGCCUCAAGGCCGGUGAGACAGUGGAUGUGAUUGAGAAGAGCGAAAGUGGUUGGUGGUUUGUCAGCACAGCGGAGGAGCAGGGAUGGGUGCCUGCCACAUACCUUGACUCCCAAAGUGGAACCAGAGAUGAUUUGGAUUUAGGAACCUCCAGGACAGGAGAGGUGACUAAAAGACGCAAGGCCCAUCUGAAGAGGCUUGAUCGUCGAUGGACACUUGGGGGUAUUGUGAACCGCCAACAAAGCAGAGAAGAGAAGUAUGUAACAAUACAGCCAUAUAGCAGUCAAGGGAAGGAUGAAGUCAGCUUUGAGAAAGGAGUCACUGUGGAAGUUAUUCAAAAGAACCUUGAAGGCUGGUGGUAUGUCAGAUAUUUAGGGAAAGAAGGAUGGGCCCCUGCCUCCUACUUGAAAAAGUUAAAAGAAGACUUCUCUCCUCGAAAGAAGCCACUGUCGGGCCCUGUGGAAAUCAUUGGCAACAUCAUGGAGAUCAGCAGUCUUUUACAAAAGAAAGCGGUCAGUGAAAAGGACAUCCAGACAGACGGCGAGGGUAGCACCACACCAGAGCGCCACAUCUCCAAGAGUGAGAUCAGCUUGCCCAUGCCCUUUAGCUCUGAGAUCAAUGCUGAGACAGGCAGGCGGUUGAGCGCAGGCCGUGAUACCAACAGUCCAUGUCUGGGAAUAGCAGCAGCGAGCUCUGCUCGAAGCGAAGCCAAAGCGAGAGGCGAACCGGGUUCCCCGGCCGUUGCCAGAGUUGCGCCUCACAGAGUUGAAGUCGGCUUUGACUCCAUAGGGUCUCCCAAUCUGAGACAAAAACCUCCUCCAAGAAGAGGGACCAAUUUGGGGUUGCAGUUGCCCAAGCCACCAGAACCACCUGCUGUGGAAGCAGAGUAUUACACCAUUGCAGAUUUCCAGUCAUCCAUUUCUGAUGGCAUCAGCUUCCGUGGAGGACAAAAGGCUGAUGUGAUAGAGAAGAACCCUGGAGGUUGGUGGUAUGUACAAAUUGGAGAGAUGGAGGGCUGGGCGCCAUGUUCCUACAUCGACAAACGCAAGAAGCCCAACAUCAGCCGUCGAACCAGCACCCUGACCAGGCCCAAAGUCCCACCCCCAGCACCGCCUGUGAAAAAGCAUGAUUCUGAGGAGCCUCCUCCUCCUGCCACAUCCACUCCUAAAGUAACAGACUCAGUAAAAAGGUCUGUGUAUGAGGAACCUGAAUACGAUGUUCCUGCAAUUGGCUGUGAAGGUGAAUCGGAUACAGAUUCUCUCAAAGAUGAACAUUCCCUGGAUGUUAAGAUUAGUAAUAUAGUCAGCAACAAGUAUCGCAGUUCCCCGCCUUCAAGUAAAGCUUCCCCUCCCGUCUGCAAAAAAUCACCAGUUUUCACCCAACGGAGGGCCUCAUUUAGAUCCGUCGAAGAAGUUGCUAAAGAGGAAUGUAUCUAUGAAAAUGACGGCUUUCGCUCUAGUAGUGGGAUGGAGGGAAAGACCGCUAAAGUGUCAAGUGAGCCCAACUCUCCAAGGACCUACCAUUCUUCAACAGUUCCACGCAAACCCUCUGGGUCUUCACCGUUGCCUGGUCACCCCACAAAAACAGUGACCCCAGAGAUGAAUAGAAGAAGCCAAACUCUUGGUAGACAUACAGACAUUCACUUCCGGUCCCACGAGAACAAUCCCCAUUCCUCGUCAGACGAAUUGAAUCGAGGCACCAAGAAAUGCACAGGCACUAGCCAGGAUGUGGAGCAGAGAAUAGGUCAGAGCCCGUCAACUAGACCGAAGCCUUCUGUCAGACCUAAACCACUCCUGACUAAGUCAGAUCCUCAGAGUCCUGAGAGGAUGGACAUCAGUUCCCUGAGACGCCAUUUGAAGCCCACAAGUCAUUUACGACUUGGACCGAAGCCUUCUCGAGGAGAAGACGCUGAGACAACCUCUGUAAUAUCAUCUGAGGAAUCUGUCAGCUCACGCAGUGCAUCGGAUCUUUCAUCUGUGUACUCCAAAAGUAGCUAUGGAGAGACUGACGCAGUGGGAUCUUGUCUCUACCGCUCCCUGGAUGCCUACAAGAAAGUCCAAGAAUCUGAGAUCAGCUUUCCAGCUGGGGUGGAGGUGGAAGUUCAGGAGAAGCAAGAGAGUGGCUGGUGGUACGUGCGCUGGGGUUCUGAGGAGGGUUGGGCUCCCUCAUACUUUUUAGAACCUGUCAAGCGAGCAGGUGAUGCUGCGAGGCGAGAAUCAGAUGGACAUGGCAGUGGUGGCAGUAAGUCCAAUAGCCUUGAGAAAAAUGAAAAGCACGUUAUGGCUCUAAAUAAUGUCAAUAUUCAGGUUUUGACCCAGCAGCAUCAAGGAUUGCAAAGGAACACUCCGCCAAUUCCUUCCAAGCCUCCGGGGGGCUUCACAAAGCCAUCUGGGGUGGUUAAUGGAAGUGUGCGGAUGAGGAAUGGGGUACGCCAAGUGGCAGUGAGGCCUCAGUCUGUAUUUGUGACGUCAACGCAGCCAGCUAAGGAUACACAUUACAUGACGGGAUCCCUGAGACGAAAUGACUCACUUGGCAGGAGUGAUCGCUAUGGCUCCGGUUCUGCCACACUUGGUGUCCACCGAAAUGCCUCCUUCAGCACAGUGCGACCACACGUGGUCGUUGAAAGUCAGACAAGACCUGCCGAGCGCUCGAACCUUGGGUCCUCGGUGAGCGGGUUCGUCUCAAGCAAUGUCCAGGAUCCCCUUGGCAGAUUAAGCCAGCGCAAUGGUAUCCCUGUGUCCACAGUCCGUCCCAAACCCAUAGAGAAGAGCCAGCUGAUCAAAAACAACCUUGGUAGGGAUGUGUAUGUGUCCAUCGCCGAUUACCAUGGUGAUGAAGAGACUAUGGGAUUUACUGAGGGCACCUGUCUGGAGGUCUUGGAGCGAAACCCCAAUGGUUGGUGGUACUGCCAGGUGCAAGACAGCCUGCUUCCCCGUAAAGGCUGGGUCCCAUCCAAUUACCUAGAGCGCAAGAAAUAAAAGCCACCCAUAUUCACUUCAACACAUUUUUUUUUGAAGUCCCUGAGGAAGUGGGUGACAUAAUCCUUUAAGAAUGUUACCCACAGUCUCCCACAAGCAAUACGCCAUUGAAUAUAGCCACUUCGAGAAAAGGACACAUUAAGUAGUGGGAUACUUAAAUAGGUGUACGGAGAGUGUGAAGCAUUUUACCUGGGAGCGAAAGCAAAGGAUCUGGGACAAUAUUUGACAAGGCCCACCUUACAACAUGGUCAGAAAGGGGUUUUUCUAUAAUUACAUCACAGAUUGUGAUGGUUGAUAAGUGCCUUUUGUGUUUCACCUAAAUGGAAGUACUAAAUGGUGGAUAGAUAAUUGUUACACCAACCAAAUCUUUUAAAUGUGCCAUACAUCUUUGAAUACCACCACUUGGUGACUCCAACAUCAAGUUGAAACAACUGUUUGGGAUCUAGCGUGAUAAUUGGUUAAGGCUUAAAUGGAAGGCACAUGUUUGAUGGGCUGAGAAUGAUAUUUCAAGUUCCACUCAUCAAAAAAAAGGCUUUUCUCUGUGUUGUAUUUUGAAUGUUAGUGUUUAAUGUUGAGUUGAUGAUUCCUUAGAUAAUUAUUUCUGCUUUCUUGUGACAUCUCAUCUGCCAGCAGCCAAUGUGAUCAAAGUAAAAGCUCUUUCAACAUUCUACAACUCGAGUGACUUUUGCAAAACACACAAUAGUCUAAUUAGUCGCAACGUAUGGACCCU